AUGGCAACUUCGCAACCUAUAAUCUGGGUGCGUCAGUAUGAAUACCACUACCAAGAAAUGAAGAACUCCACGAACCAGGUUGCAACUUGGUUGAAAAGGAACUACGAAGAGAACCACAGAAGACUUCCACCGAGAAACCCGGAAUAUCCUCUCGAUGUGGGCCAAUACAUACAUUGCGCAACCUUUCUCAGAGACUUGCGAAGCCCCGGUAUCGAAUUUCCUCGGGAGUCAACGGCUUCCCUUCACUACGCUAUUUGGGCACGUCUACACAGGGUUGAGAUCGAAUACUCACAGAGGCGCAAUUGGAACAAAGGGCAGAGACGCAAGUUCGAAAGCCAUGUUCACUUCCUCCUAGUACUGAUGGAGGUCCAUGACAUUCUGUUGCAACGAUCGAACCAAGACCCUCUUCGAUACUGCAGAGACUGUGCCGAUCAUGAGCCCAAGCAGCUUGCAAGUGCGAACUUCCCAUGGAGACCGACUGGGCAGUUCCAUCUGAAAUUGAAAUUGACGUUUUCCGUGGCAAGAGCUUUGGCUGCUAGGUUUUUCCGGGCCAAGCAGAGCUAA